AUGGCAGAGUUGAAGCCGGAGCCAGCGCAUAGUAGUCUUUGGUCGAACUAUGGCGGUCCGGUGUCUCUAUCAGCUCGAUUCCCUAAUACCAUGGAGUCGAACCUUGCGCACCCAUCGACGACAUCUUCGCAGCAUCCGGGUCGGCCACGAAGCAGCCACCCAACUAUCGACCACCCAUACCCGUACCCAAGAUACUCGCAGGAGGAGUCAGACGCAUUUGACAGAUACCCACAGCCGUCUCUAACGCAGCAUCACAGCUUCCCUAACCUGAAGCGACCUCACCAGCCUGGUGAGCACCCGCCAUACCAAGAGAUUGUGCAGGACCUCAGAGACGACGGGUCCAAGCUCACAGUAAAUCACGAUCAUAAACUGCUUUCUUUCCGGAGAGUCCAGGAUAAACACACCAUUGUCGACCAACAUGGAAGAAUGCAGCAGCUAGAGCUUACCGCGCAGCUCCACGGCAUGUUCUUUCUCUCGGAAAUGCCUUCAAGUACGAGCGACGGCGGGAUUUUGCAACCCGAGCUGACGUGCUACCGGAGGAACUUGUUUCAGAUCAGCGGUUCACUUAUUACUCCGCGAGGCCAGCUCUCCGUAAUUCUUCCCGAGACGGGCGAAACCGUCCCCGUGAACAGCACCGAAGUGACUAUCUCUGCCAUCGAGUCCGUCGAUGGUCACCCUGUGAGGCUUAUUACUCCAGACCAGGAACCACCAUCAUUACCACUGAUCCCGUUCCCGGAUGAUGGACAGGAAGCAGAGGGGGAAUAUGCUGUAUACCCUAUCGGGUGGCGGCGAUUACAAUUUAGAAUAGCGACGGCGAACAACGGAAGGCGAAAAGAACUUCAGCAGCAUUUUGUGCUCCACCUGAAGGUGGUGGGAACUUUAGCAAACGGGUCCAAGGUAGUCCUAACAGAGUCUACAACGGCACCGAUCGUAGUCCGAGGAAGAAGUCCGCGUAAUUUUCAGGCUCGGAAGGAGAUACCUCUCCUAGGAUCCAGUGCCGGAUCGCGUGGGCAAGCAUUGGUUGAGACGGGACUGGGUAUCGUUGCAGGCCCCCUAACUGUGAAGCCCCAAGACCCGAAACUGCGUGGCUUAAAUUUGGAAUUGCCGCGAACGGCGUUUACUUUCAACGCAUCAAAACUCCCUGGGAGCCCGAUGACAAUGAGAUCCAAUUCAUACCCCAGUUGGAAUCCUCCUAGUCAGUUGCCCAUGUCCGGAAUGCCGGCUUCAGCUACUGCCAGCUACCCGCCAGCGAGUAUACCUGCCGAUUCGUAUCAGAAAAUACCGCUCUCAGGGACGUCGAACUUCACACAGGAGCCACAAGAGAUUCCCAUGCAGACAUCCAUGCCAUCGAUGCAACUUUCGUUGGCCGCAACGGAGCAGCAACCUCCUUCAAUUCGAACACAGUACGCAUACGUACAGGGGACCUCGGCUCCACCUCAACUCUCAGUAACAACGACGUCAAUGGGAAGCAGCUCAGAUCACGGCAAUCUUAGCGUACCACGAUACGUCGACUCGAAUCCGAGGCCAACUAAGAGCCCGCGCCAUGCCAGCCACCAGUCCGUACCUAGCAGCAGCUCCAUAAGCAAUAGCAAUGAUACGUCUGAGUACCGGUACGGGCCUUCAGGGUACGUACCCGUGAACAGCAGCUCUAGCGAGCUGAACUCGGCGUCCACAUACAACGCUGACAGCGUGAGCAGUGCUGGACCGACUGGGCCUGCCUCCAGUGCCCCUUCGUCGGCUGGCGGUCACUCUCACCAUCAACAAAGUCAAUCGCAACAGCCGCCCCCUCGCGAUUAUUAUCCACCCACCACGUCGUGGACGACAACUGCAGGCGAGCCUAGCAGUACCACCAUCCACUCAUACCACAAUAGUACCGCGACGGGUAACGAGAGCAGUAGACCAUACGCGUUUCCGAGCAAAAGCGACCACCCACCGGCGCCUGGGAGCUAUGCCUCAACUUUAAACCAUUACUCGUGGAGCCCAACAUGA